AUGGCUGAAGCUUCGUGGCCCAGUGAAGAUGAGGUGAAUGAUAUGAGAAAUCUGGUUUCUUCAAUGGCUGGGAGAGACCCUGGUGAAGUUAGGAUUGUGGCGUCUCCUUAUCGUAUUUGUCCCCUGGGUGCUCAUAUUGAUCAUCAAGGUGGAGCUGUUUCAGCUAUGACGAUUAAUCGAGGCAUAUUGCUGGGUUUUAUUCCUGCAGAUGAUGCAAAGGUUGUGUUGCGUUCAGGACAAUUUGAGGGAGAAGUUCAUUUCAGCGUAAGCGAUGUCCAGCAUCCUGUGCACAGCAGCAAGAAGGAUGUGAAUCACACAACUGACUCCCCAAACCGAAAGGAAGAAGAUAGUCAAUGGGGAAAAUUCGCAAGGGGAGCUGUCUUUGCUUUGCAGAAGAUGGGACACUCUCUUGAUAGGGGAAUCACUGGAUACAUAUGUGGUUCUGAGGGCCUUGACUGUGCAGGGCUCAGCUCUUCAGCUGCUGCUGGAGUUGCUUAUCUGCUGGCCUUUGAAAGUGCGAACAACUUAACCAUGUCAGAGGUGGAAAAUAUUGAACUUGACAGGUUGAUUGAGAAUGAAUAUUUGGGUCUGAGAAAUGGCAUAUUGGAUCAAUCAGCAAUAUUGCUUUCAAGUCAUGGUUGCUUAACUUACAUGAACUGCAAGACCAAAGAGCACGAGCUUGUACGUCCGUUCAAACUGCAGAAAGACCAUCAGAGUGAUCUGCAGAAAUCAUACAAAAUAUUACUAGCAUUCUCAGGCUUAAGGAAAGCUUUGACCAGCAACCCUGGUUACAAUCGCCGGGUUGCAGAGUGUCAAGAGGCGGCUAGGGUUCUGCUUAAAGCUUCUGGAAUGGACAAAGUGGAGCCACUCCUUGGCAACGUUGAAUUCAAGGCAUAUGAAAUGCACAAGGAUAAAUUGGACGCCGAUCUAGCCAAACGAGCAGAACAUUUCUUCUCAGAGAAUAUGCGGGUAAAGAAAGGGCUUGAAGCUUGGACUUCUGGAAACUUGGAAGAAUUCGGCAGGCUUAUUUCGGCCUCCGGUUUAAGCUCCAUUAAGAACUAUGAAUGCGGUUGCGAGCCACUGAUACAACUGUACGAGAUUCUGGUGAAUACACCUGGCGUGUACGGAGCCAGGUUCAGCGGGGCUGGGUUCAGAGGCUGCUGCAUUGCCCUCGUCAGCGCUGAUGUGGCCGACGAAGCUGCUGCUCUCGUGAGAGCCGAGUACGCCAAGGCACAACCCGAGCUGGCCGCCACGAUCCACCCAGAUGCCGCAGUUUUGAUAUGUGAACCUGCCGACUCUGCUCGUCUCAUCUCUUCUCUGCUGUAA